AUGGAGUCCAACAGGAUUUCACCCGAAAUUCUGUUCGGAAUACCGAUGUUAGGACUUGGCACAUGGAGGGCCGUUUCUUGUGCGAUUGAACACGGUUAUCGCCACAUUGAUUGUGCUUAUUUGUACUCCAAUGAAAAAGAGAUUGGCGAUGUAUUGGAGGUCUUAUUUAUCUCCAAUCGGAUUAAACGUGAUGAACUAUUCAUCACAUCCAAGCUAUGGUCAACUUUCUUUCGACCGGAUCUCGUUGAGAAAUGUUGCUUGGAGAGCCUUCAUAAUCUCAAGUUGACGUAUCUUGAUUUAUACUUGAUGCAUUCCCCAAUGGCUUUACAAGUUAGCUUGGUUUCGUAUCGUCCAAACAAUGCCAAAGUCAAAGUUUUAUUAUGGGCUAUGGAAUCUCUGGUAGAUAAGGGUUUGGUAAAAUGCAUCGGCCUCUCCAACUUCAACCGCAGACAAAUUAACGAAAUAUGGCAUCAUUCGCGGAUAAAACCGACCAAUCUGCAAAUUGAGGCGCACGCUAACUUCACAAAUACGGAGUUAGUCGCAUAUGUGCAAUUCUUGGGGAUGAGCGUAACGGCGUACGCUCCAUUGGGAUCUCCCGGGCUUCCUCUCGACGGUGGGAGAAGUCUUUGGACGGCCACCACCCACCCAAGCUGGGCAGCCGCCAGCCAAUAA